GCUUCUGCGUAGUGGUUCAAGACGCCAGAACCAUGAAGUCCGUCGCGCGAGGUGAUCUAUGGCUGCUCCAGCUGGACGCCAAGGAGGACCCGGUGGCCGACCGCCACACCAGCUUCCAUCCCAGCCACAGCCGCUUUACGCAUGUGCCGACCAGCAAGUCAUUCGAGGAGUUGAGUCGCCUGCGCAAGCUCACGUCUCUGAGCUACCUGAGCGGCAAACUACGUGGCAUGUUCCACCGCGAACACCGAGACACGAUCGUGUGCGAGGAGGACGAGGAGAUCCCGGGAAGCAGCAAGCGCAAUAUUUAUGACAUCAUCCGCCGCAAUGAAGGCUCGUCGUCCACGCGCUUCGACCACUUGGCCAAGUUCAGCGACUGUAUGCCGGCCAUGCGACCCGUGGCGCUCUCACAGAGCGCGUCUAUGCCUGAGAGCCACGAGCCCAGCAAGGAGCAGCGCUGGUGCACCAACUGCUCCAAGUGUUUCCAGCGUGGUCUCAGCCGCUUUGACCAAUACUGCGGACUGGACUGCAAGACGGCACAUCGGAUGCGCCAGGUCGCGUGAAGCCACGCCCCUCACUACCUGGCCGCGCAGU